GAAGCUCAGCCCGCCGCCGACCGCACGCCGACCCGAUAUUCGGCAUUCGCGCGACACCGCCGCACCGCGCGCCCGUCUCGCCAACUCACUCCGCGCUCGCGACUUGCCCGCGACACACGUAUCGUACUACUCUUGUGGCCACCCUCGACCCGACGCGCCAGGACAUAGUGUUUUCAGUGCUCCAAAACUACAACUUUUCUGUGACUGUGCUUUCGGACGAGAUCUACAAAAUUUUGUUGAGUUGUGCGAUGAGAUUACGGUCCGGCGGGAAGGCGAUUCUUUGAGCGACGAAAGGGUUGGAGUGCGGGGUGUUCGCGGGCGGAGGGCGGCGCGAGGCCGCGCACGCGCCCGCUGCAGACCGCGCCGCGGCUCCGACACACGCGUUGACACCGGCGCGCGCGAUGGACGACAAACCGACCGCCGUCGGCGGUGAAGAGCACUACAGCCUCCGCUGGAACAACCAUCAGGCGCACCUGCUGCGCUCCUUCGAAGCUCUCCUUCAUGCGGAGACUCUAGUCGACGUCACUCUCGUAUGUGCCGAACGUCGAGUGCGAGCCCAUAAGGUCCUGCUGGGCGCGUGCAGCCCACUAUUCCGGCGGAUAUUCAGCGAAAAUCCGUGCAAGCAUCCCGUAAUCGUGUUGAAAGACUUUCAAGGAUGGGAGGUUCAAGCUGUGGUGGACUUUAUGUACCGUGGCGAAGUUUCAGUAGCUCAGGAGCAGCUAGGGACAGUAAUUCGAGCGGGAGAGUCUCUGCAAGUGCGGGGUCUGGCUGACCAGGAUAGGGAGGAGCAGGCACGGUCGCCGCCACCGACACCGCUGGCGAGGAGUCCGGUACAGACAACGCCACCAGCGCCGUCUCCUCCAGUCAGCCCGGCGAGCCCGCAGCCAAGGAGAAAACAGGCUCGGCCUAGGCGACGUUCAGGAGAGUCUGACACGCCAGAGAACCUGUCGAUGAGACGGUCCCCCAGUGGAGGGCUGAAGGCGGUGCGGCUGGCGAGGCCCCGGUCGCCGCAGAAGCAAGAGCAGGAAGACCAGGAAGCCGAGGCGCCUCCACCGCCGCGCAUGUUCCCGCCACACCAAGACAUGUUUCCUCCCGUGCCACCGUCUGCGGUCUCGGCGUUGUCACUAACUCCACCACACAUGUUCGGUCUGGAUUCGCCCCUAGGCCUGUUCCCGCCAGGCAUGGAGCACAAGAUGUACCCGCUGAUGGACGUCGACCAUCGAGGGCCGCCAAUUGACACGCAGCUUUUCACCAACGUCAAAAAGAAAUGGCGACCGAAAGGGCAGCACAGCGCGCCGCGGGGAGGUCCGCCUCGGUCCUGGACGAAUGCAGAACUGACUGAGGCUCUCCAACACGUGUGGAACAAAAAGAUGACCACUAGCCAAGCGUCGAGGAUUUUCGGCAUCCCGUAUAACUCGCUGCUGAUGUACGUGCGAGGCAAGUACGGGAAGAGCCUGAAAUUAGAACAGCUGAGAAAAGACUGCAUCGGGGGGCCACUGGACGUGCUGAACCUGAACUCCGGGAACAACAACAACAACCACCCGCCCAACAAGCACCACGACAAGGACGACCACCAGAACUCAAGCCAAAGACCCGCCAGCUCCGAGCCAGACAUCGCCUCGAGCCCCAUGUUCAACCCCUUCCAACAAGGGUUCUACCCAGAGUUCCCCCCCGGCUUCCCGAUGCCGCUCAACAUGCUGCACCUGCUACCACCUAACGACAAAGCGAGGGAACUAUAUCAGUCUAUGCCGAUGGCUCUGGAUUCUUUAUCGGGUGUCACAAAAGAGGAGGACUGUAAGAGCGACCGGUCAAAGGAGAAUUCAGCCGAUGAAGAAGGAGAAUCGUACCGCGCGCCCUCGCACCCCCCACACCCGCCCGACACCCGCACGCUCCUCCACCACAACGGGCAGGACUAGGCCUCAAUAGUCUUCGAAUCUUCACUGUACCUUCAGCUGUUAGAAAAGGAAUCUUGAUGUCGCAUUCCCAGAAUGCCCUCGCUCUCUAUCACGGACGACCUGGGUGACCAACAAAUAAAACUGGAAUUUGGUUAGUGUAUUGCCAAAUUAUAAAUUUAGCCACUAAAGCUGGCAUCCGAAUUUUACUCCUAUGAUAUUUCUAUUUGUCUAUUCUAUCCUGGCCAAUCAGAUGAAAUCUCUUUGUAUGACUGAGCAGGCCUCCGUUAAUACCCUACAAAUCUCGUAUACGUAACGAACGAUGUGCAAUAUUGAGUUGGAGCUACACAAGUAUGAUCUCUUUGAAAUACACUAGAGAAGUUUCAGUUUUGCGAUUUGUUCCCCAAAAACUGCGCACCAAUAUUUUUCGAAAGUAUUUGUCAGUAAUUCGUAGCUCGCGCGAGUGACGUCCACGUUUAAAUUAGUUAAAUUUAUAUUUAAAGAUGUGUUAAUAUUGUAAAGGUAUAUUAAAUCGCGUAAGUGAUAGGCGAUAAUUUAUUCCGAAGGAGUGCAAUAAGUAUGAAAGGUGUUGUGAUUGUUAUCGUUAGGAAUAUCCGAAUACUUUUUUAUUGUUAACAUUCCAUGCAACAUUCCAAACGCUUUUGGCGGAAAAAUUGACGUCAAACGCACUUAAUUAUACUUACAAUAUUUUUUAUUGAAAACAUUAUAAUUUGCAAUUUGAUUAAGACGUCCUUGUUCUGUGUUAGAUUAAAUUAACCCAAUGUAGAUAUUAUGUGUUAAAUGUGCGAUUCCACUUCUGCAUUUCACCAAAGUUUGUAAAAUAUUUCGUAAUGAUAGUUAUAAUCGAUGAUAAACAAUUUUAAAUGUAAAUAGUUAAUGAUAAAUUUAAUGGGGAAAUAAAUUUUAAUUAACCAUUAUUAUGGAGACACUACGUCUCUAAAAUGAUAAAUAAGUAGUGUAUUUGUAAUUGUUGUAGUAUUUAGUGAAGUGAAUACAGUGAACUGUUCUGUAGGGACGCAGACACGACACAGAGGGUCCGACGCACUAGUCAACCAACCCGCACACUAAAACCAACAAAAAAAUAUCAACCUAACCUUGAUUACCAAAAACAGAAAUAAAGCAACCCUUUUUUAAAAAUAUUCCUUCGAACCGAUAUGAAUUCCACUCGCAGUUGAUUCUGAAUUAGCAAUGAGUAUAAUUUCUAUUCACAGCUGCUUAGAUCAAUUUUCACUUCUAUUUCACAUUUGUUCAACUUUCAUCGUUCAUCUCGUUAAUUUUACAGCGAUGAAACUUGAGUAUUUGCGAAAGAGAUUAGUACCUAUGUAUUUUUUAUCAUCUUAACCAGUUCCAAAUCAAAGUAAAAACAUGUAAUUCAGUUUAAACUGCGUUUGGUAUUUUAGAUAUUCAAAUUUGAGUUCACAUCUAUAACACUUCAGCGACAGUGCGCGUCAGGUUAGACAAGUAUCUGCACUCAAUGUUCAAAUAAAAAGGAGCUUUCAAGAGUUUUAGUAAAUAAUGGAAAUUAGAAUAAUCGGGGUUCAAUCCUAUCGGGCUUUAGAUAAUUGUAUACAAUGAUUUCAUAUUGACUUAGUGAUACCAUGUGACUAGACGUACUGGAUUAUUGUAUAUACGAUUUAUUUGUACAUUACUGAUUUUUAAAUAUGUUGAAAGUGAUGUUUCCUUUAUAACGAUGCUAUGAUCAUUCCCAAAUAACUAUCAGUAUUUAUUUCGUUGUUUUUGUCUCGCUCUAGGCACCGUUCUCUUUCGCCGUAAGACGCUAAUUUUCAUUUGACGACUUUAACCAUUGAUUCGACGUUUACUGCAAAACUCUUAACAGAAGACUGAGCACUUACGAUUCUAUUUUAUAUAAUUAUUGUACAUUGCACAUUAUCUCAGUAACUGAUCUAUGGCGAUCCACAGUUAGUGCACCUAGUAUCACGUCAUAUAACAAUAUUAUCAUUACAGGGAUUUUAUAUAUAAAAACUAAUUACAUCGUAUUAUUGAAUAUGUAAUUAUAGUUUAACAGAUGAUUUUUUCCUCUCGAUUUUGCACGAUUACACCGUUUUACCGAACACAAUCUUGUUUCGAUUAUAAAAUUGGUAAUUAACGUAAGUUAGGUCAGAAAUGGUAACCAAUGUCUGUAUAGAUUUAUAUGUGCCAAAAGAUAUGAAGUCUUCAUCUGCACUCGGCAAAUUGUUCUUCUAAAUUUCAGCUUCGAACUUGUAUGUAUGUCUGGAUGUACUUAUCACUAGAACUUGGCUCUCUAUGUUUUAUAUUUGUGUUCACUCGCGACUGCAAGUUGUGUUCUGCCCCACAUUUUACCUAAUUCGUACAAAUUCAGCAGUAUUAGAGUGAUUUUGUUAAAGUUUUAAUUGAGACGUUUUUAAUUAAGUUUGUUAUUUGUUAAUAGAAAUGAAAAUGAUUAUUAAUGAAUAAGUUUGUAAACGCAAUUCGUGUCUUAUCGACUACCUAUAAUUUGGCGUUGUGUGAGUAGCAUGUUGUAGGUACCUUUGCUUUAUUGAUUUUAAUGUUCCUGUCUAUAAUUUUCAAGUUUUUCCCCCAAGUCUACAGACUACUGUCGUAUACUUAUAAUUUCAGAUUUUCAGCACUGUUUAAGCAUAGAUAUAUUACGAAUGAAUUUCAUCAGGAGCCAAAUGUAAGGACGUAAAGAAUAGAUAAUAUAUUUAAGACAUUGAGUACUUAUUUUUAGUUUUAAAACAUGUGAUUCUAUUAAUUUAGUAGAUUCAAAUAUUUAGUUCCUUCAUUUUUGUUACGAGUAUUUAUAAAUUGUAAUUGCAAUCGUCUUAGAUAAUUGUUCUCCGAUAAAGAGUAUAAUUAAAUAUAAGUUAUGUAAUUUAAUUUGUUGUAUUUUGCUUAAUAUAAUGACAAAUUAAAUGAUAUCGUUACAUUAGGGUGUAAAAAAGAUUAUCUAUUUGAUCUUAAAUAAUACGAAAAAAUAUUUAUGUUCUAGUAUCAUUCUAUCGUGUAAUUGAAAUUGAAAUGAUGGAGCGAUGUAGUGAAAUUCGUUUACGGUCACCGACGUAAAGUGUAAAAAUAAAAAUAUUAAAUACCA